AUGUUUGAGCUUCCCGACGCGAAGAGAGUCCGACGAGAAGACCUCGGGGAGUCGUCCGACGACGAAGGAGCGGACCACAACGAGCAGCAAAAUGCAGACCUCCUAGCGAAGCUGCAUGCCCGUAUGGCGGGCAUGCUCGACCUAGGCGACGACGCCGCCGACCAGGCCCCGACAGAAACGACCGAGCAACCAGCAGCAGCGGCGGCGACGGACGGAGAAACGGUUCAGAAUAGCGGCGGCGGCGGAGACGACAACGAGCCCGAAGAGUUUGAGUUCCGACUCUUUACCACGUCGAACCCGGCGACAAAGAUUGCGCUGAUCGACGAGGACGAGCGCGCGAUGGCGGGCGACGGAGCCAUGAUCCGCAAGAGACCGCUGUCGUACUACAUCACCGGGGAGCCGACGUCCGAGGUGAAAGCGGAGCUCGCGUUCGCGGCGGUGUCGGGCGAGGAGGUUCUCGAGCGGGCGCAGCGGCCGUGGUGGGGGAUGGAGCAGCCUUGGCGGGUGACAACGAUUCCUGGCACCACGGUGUCGUCAAAGGGAACAGCAGUAGCAGGAGCAGCAGGGGACGCUGGGAAAACAAAGGAGGAGGCGGACGCGGCGGCGGCGGCGGCGAGGAGGAGGCGGCCUGGAAAGAAGAAGCGUCUUGCGAUACGGGUCAAGCAGCGGGAGAGGGUGAAGAAGGCGGAGGAGCUGGAGAAGUUCAAGGCGGGUAAGGAGGAGGCGCUGAAGGAGAAGAAGAAGAGGUUGAAUCGGUUGAAGAAGCUUAGGAAGAGGGCCAAGGCGAAGGAGGGGAAGAAUGGGGGUGGCGAGGGUGGUGAUGGUGGUGAGUCGGGAUCUGGAUCUGACGGUGAUGAGUGA